AUGUUCAAAGUGAUUAAAAGCACUGAUAUUCCUUGUUAUGAUGUGGAGGAUUCGGUGUGUUGGGGCCCUUCGAAAUCGAGUGAUUUCACUACGGCGUCGGCUUGGGAAGAGUUGAGAUUGAAGGGUCCUAAAGCUCCUUGGGUUCAACUUGUUUGGCAUAAAAACCUGCAGCCUCGUCAUUCUAUGUUUGGGUGGAGAUUAGCGCAUGAGAAGCUCCCCACAGAGGAGGAAUACCAGAGAUGGGGUGUUAGUUUAGCAUCCAAAUGCAUGCUGUGUAAGAAGCAGUGCGAUUCAGCCCUUCAUUUGAUCCUCAAUUGUGAGUUUAAUAAUGUUGUGUGGGGGAAUUUUGCUCUUGGUUUGGCAUUGGUUGGAAUCAGCCAGCUUCCACUGUUGAUUUUUGAGAUUGGUGGAAAAGAAAGCGUCGAUGCACGAAUGUGA